AUGUAUACGAUCACCCAAAAUGUUCAUGACUGCCUUGCGGCAUUCGCAAGCUGUAUUCCCCCAUCCGUUCUCAAACCGAAACCAGGGAGUCAUGUGAUCGAUGCAUGUGCUGCACCUGGACUGAAAACGCUUCAUCUUGCCGAGAUCAUGAAAGGCAAAGGGAAAUUGACGGCAAUUGAAAUGGAUUCAAACCGAUGUGAUGUGCUGCGUGACUAUGCCAGUGAAGGCGGAGGGAAAAUAAUCAAUGUUUUGAAUAUGGAUUUUCUGGAACUGAACCCGGAUCGAUUCGUAGACGUGGAGUUCAUUUUGGUAGAUCCGAGCUGCUCUGGUUCAGGUAUAGUUAGACGAGAAGAUAAGCUCUUGGGAGAAGCUGUGUGUCCCAAACGAUUAGCGAAACUCUCUGGCUUCCAAGUCAAGAUUCUCUGCCAUGCUCUGAGUUUUCCAAAUGUGAUUCGGGUUGUUUACUCCACUUGUUCGAUCAUGUCCGAAGAGAAUGAAAACGUCGUACGAGACGUUCUUCAGAAGCCGGGGAUACAAGAAAAAUUCCGACUGAAAGAUUUUGGCCGGAAACCAGGCGAAGAAUCCGAUUGGCAGUGGGAUUCAGUUAACGAAGACAUUCGUCAGUGCAAAAAGACCACUCCAGCAAGAGAUCUUUGUAAUGGAUUUUUUAUUGCCGUCUUCCAGAGGCGUUCGAAAGUUGGCAAGGAUGAAUAAAUGACGGAACCUUGA